AUAACAAGAAAUGAAAAAGUAUACUUGACAGUUAAAACAGUAUUAGUGUCUGCUAUCGAAUUAACCCCAAAACGUAUCUCCAUGGUGUUUUCUAGUUAGAUGUUUUGAGAUAAAUACAGGCGUUUGUUCUCUACAAGAUAAAGCCAUGACCUUAUAUUUUACUGCGCUGACCAUAUAAAGAGAGGACAGGAGAGAUUGGAUUAUGUUCGACCCCCCGGUCCACUGAUACGUAAUGCGCAUGCUCUUGGCAGCCCAAAGUGACCCAGAACUGCUGUCAAGCCGAGGGGAUAUGGAAAGGUCCCCCAGUAACCUGCCCCAGGCUGGCAGACUAACAUUUACAGGGUAGACAGGAGGGAAUGCUACUCGGGUUUUCGUUAUUUAUUUUUCGGAAGUGUUCUUUCACAAUGGCAUAUUUGUAUUCUGGGCACCUGAGUUGCACUUUUAGAAAAAGUCCCAGUUUCUUCCAUCAAGGUGCCGCUUUGCUGCCGAAGGGGAGGGCUUACAGUAAGGAUGUUGACUUAUCUCAGUACCUGCAUAAAAGCAUCGUGCCUACCAUGCAUUAUCAGAAGAGUUUACCCAGAUUGCCUAUUCCUAAACUGGAAGACACAGUAAGAAGAUAUUUAGCUGCUCAGAAGCCUCUCUUAAACGAUGAACAAUACAGUAAAACAGAGAAGCUGACUCGUGACUUCCAGAGUGGCGUGGGGAAGGAGCUUCACGAGGAGCUGCUGGAUCAGGAUAAGAGGAACAGGCACACCAGCUAUAUCUCAGGGCCGUGGUUUGACAUGUACCUCUCGGCGAGGGAGCCCGUCAUCCUCAACUUCAACCCAUUCAUCUCCUUCAACCCCGACCCCAAGCCAGAACAGAACGAGCAGCUUCUGCGUGCCUCCAACUUGGUGUGCUCGGCCAUUCGCUUUAUGAAGACCUUGCGGGCUGGCUACCUAGAACCGGAGGUUUUCCACCUCAAUCCUGCUAAGAGUGACACCGAGGGCUUCAAGAAGCUCAUCCGCUGGCUGCCCCCGUCUCUGUCCUGGUAUGGUGCAUAUGCGGUCAAUGCCUACCCCCUCGACAUGUCUCAGUACUUCCGGCUCUUCAAUUCCACUCGCGUUCCCCGGCGUGGCUGCGAUGAGCUCUUCACUGAUGAGAAUGGGCACCACCUGCUGGUGAUGAGGAAGGGCAACAUGUAUGUCUUCGACGUGCUGGACCGUAACGGCAACAUGGUGAAGCCAGCUGAAAUACAGGCGCACCUGCGGCAUAUCCUGUCCGACAGCACGCCAGCUCCGGCCUUCCCGCUGGGCUUCCUGACCAGUGAGAACCGUGACGUCUGGGCAGGCCUGAGGGAGAGGCUGCUGGAGGCCGGUAAUGGGGAGGUCCUCCGCCUGGUGGACAGUGCCAUCUUCUGCCUAUGUCUGGAUGACGAGGCCAUGAGGGACCACGUGCACACGUCCCACAACAUGCUGCAUGGUGACGGAUGCAACCGCUGGUUUGACAAGUCAUUCAGUAUUAUCGUGACAAAGCACGGCCUGGCUGGCAUCAACUUCGAGCAUUCUUGGGGAGACGGUGUGGCCGUGCUCCGUUUCUUGAAUGAGGUCUUCAAAGACACCACUCAGAGUCCCCUGCUGUUGCCCAGUGAUAGCCCCGUCCCCGCGGACUCAGUCUCCGCCGUGCGUCGGAUUGAGUUCAACUUGGACGGGCCACUCCAGAACGGCAUCCAGGAAGCCAGGGAGAGAUUUGAAGCCACCGUCUCACAGCUGACCAUCGGCGCCAUGGAGUUCAGAGGAGGCGGCAAGGAGGCACUGAAGGGGAACAAGCUGAGCCCCGACGCGGUGGCCCAGCUCGCAUUCCAGAUGGCCUUCCUGCGGCAGUACGGGCAGACGGUGGCCACCUAUGAGUCGUGUAGCACCGCGGCGUUCCGGCACGGCCGCACCGAAACAGUGCGGCCCACCAGUGUGCACACCCAGAGGUGUGCGCGCGCCUUCGUGCAAGAGCCGGGCCAGCAUUCGGCUGAGGCGCUCCGGGCCAUGCUCGGCAUUUGUUCGCGGUACCACAGUCAGCUGACCCGGGAGGCAGCCAUGGGUCAGGGCUUUGACCGGCAUCUCUUUGCACUGCGGUACCUGGCCAGCACUAAAGGGCUGCCCCUGCCCACCCUGUACCUGGACCCAGCCUAUGCCACCAUCAACCACAACAUCCUGUCCACCAGCACCCUCACCAGUCCCGCCGUGAGCCUGGGGGGCUUCGCCCCAGUAGUGCCAGAUGGGUUCGGUGUCGGCUAUGGAGUCCAUGAUGAGUGGAUAGGUUGCAACGUCUCCAGCUACCCGGCGCGUGAUGUGCAUGAGUUCCUGCAGUGUAUCCACAAAUCCCUGGAGGACAUCUUCAGCACCCUGGAGGGCAGACCUUUCAGUUAGGGCCCUUCAUUACAGCGAGGGGAAGCAGGCGUCCGAAUGAAGAUCUAGGCCAGAAGUCUCCAACUCCGGUCCUGGAGGGCUACCGUCCAGUAGGUUUUCUAUCCUACCUGGCUUCUGAUGAGCCACACUUGCUCUCAGGUAAAUACCAGGAACAGGAGUGUCUCAUCAGAAGCCGGGUAGGAUAGAAAACCUAUUGGAUGGCAGCCCUCGAGGACCGGAGUUGGAGACCCCUGAUCUAGGCCUUCAAGUUCCAGAAAUCCAUCUCCACUGCACUCCAGCCAUGAUCAAUCCUGUUGAUCAACCAUGAGUGAAUUUUUAGUCUCUCAGAAGUUCAGCCUCCGAGGUUCUGCUAGAUGGUGAUCUUUCAGCUGUUUUCAAAGGAUCAAAAGCUUCAUCACACUCUCCCCUACCACAGGUGAUUUAUCUACAGUUUUUGUGUGCAGAGAGCACGAUUCAACACUCAUUUCUGUCAUCUCUCUAUGAUUAUAAUAUUACAAUUAUUAUAUGUGUGCCUGCAUAAACAGAAAUGAGGCCAUUGCGUCUGUGAAGAAAAGUGCCUUUUAUUAAAGAUCACAAUGAACAGAUUAUUUACACUGAAAAAGCAUAUUGCGAAUCUAUAGCAAUGAGCAAAAGUCUGAGUCACCUUUGCAGAAUAAAAUAAAUUGUGUUAUUUAAACUCAGUGAAUGUUUGUAGACUUGACAUAAGGUAUUAACAUGAAGACAAAUUGCCGCUGUCCAAAGUAACUAAUACGUUGGGAUAUCCUGGGGUAAGACAACAGGGUUACUGUGCAAAUUUUUCCCAAUAAAAGUUUUUUUAAAGUAAA